ACGCACAGACGCAGCGAGCAUCCCGCACCGCUCCGGCUGGACUUGGUGGACAAACCAUCCGCUUUGGUUCGUCAUCCCUCCUCUUUCUUGCGAGCUGGAGGCGAGAGAGAAAAGCACCAAAGCAGAGCCACCAGGCUGGGAAAGCACCGAGGACGCGCGUCUCCUGCUCAAAGUCACAGAAACUGUGCUGAAUCCGGACUGGACACUUUUUCUUCUCCCACCUCCUUUUGGAAAAGGAUGUUAUUUCCCCCCGCAUGAGGCGAAGCUGGAUCUCUGCUCUCUGUUUUUUUUUUCGGAACAUACUCAGUGUCUCUUCAAUGGAUGUGUAUAUAGUGGAAGUACCUUGGGAAUUACAUUUCUUUUAAGUCGCUUUUAGUUUCACAAAUUCCGUUUCCAGCAAGGGCGCAUUGUUUCACACGCAAGAGGGGGAACGAUGAUCUUCGCACUGUUGUAUGUUCUUCUGCCUCUUUUGGACGCGGUGUCCCGGGCGCAGGAGAGCGUGCGCGCCGCGGCCGCGGGCCGCCUGGACUGCGUGCGGGCCGGGGAGCAGUGCCUGAAGGAGCCGGCCUGCAGCUCCAAGUACCGCACCAUGAGGCAGUGCGUGGCCGGCGGCAAGGAGAGCAACUUCAGCAUGGUGGCCGGCCUGGAGGCCAAGGACGAGUGCCGGAGCGCCAUGGAGGCGCUCAAGCAGAGCCCGCUGUACAACUGCCGCUGCAAGCGGGGCAUGAAGAAGGAGAAGAACUGCCUGCGCAUCUACUGGGGCAUCUACCUCACCUUGCAAGGGAACGACUUCUUGGAGGAUUCUCCAUACGAGCCGGUGAACAGCCGUCUGUCUGAUAUCUUCCGCCUGGCUCCCAUCAUAGAGGGUGGGGAGCCGUGGAGCAGCUCUCCGGGCAGGGGGGCCGCCGAGGACAGGGUGUCCCCGGGCCGAGGGAGCCCCUCCUCCACCGAGCUGCAGGAUCCCAGUAGAAACAGGAGAGCUCAUCCCAAUUGGGCCAUACUGGGUGAGCCUGCGGUGGCUCGAGAGAACAACUGUCUGAACGCCGCCAAGGCGUGCAACCUGAACGACACGUGUAAGAAGUUCCGCUCGGCCUACAUCAGCCCCUGCACCAGCCGCGUCUCCACCGCAGAAGUCUGCAACAAGAGGAAGUGCCACAAAGCGCUGCGGCAGUUCUUUGACAAGGUCCCUCCCAAGCACAGCUACGGCAUGCUGUUCUGCUCGUGCCCCAUCAGCGACCAGACCGCCUGCUCCGAACGCCGGCGCCAGACCAUCGUUCCCGUCUGCUCGUAUGAAGAAAAACAGAAACCCAACUGUCUGGCGCUGCAGGACACCUGCAAGACCAACUACAUCUGCAGGUCACGACUGGCUGACUUCUUUGUUAACUGCCAGCCGGAGCCGCGCUCGCUGUCAGGCUGUCUGAAGGAGAACUACGCCGACUGCCUCCUCUCGUACUCGGGUCUGAUUGGUACCGUGAUGACUCCCAACUACCUGCGCUCGCCCAAAAUCAGCGUCUCUCCCUACUGCGACUGCAGCAACAGUGGCAACAACAAGGACGAGUGCGAUAAGUUCACAGAGUUUUUCACGGAGAACACCUGCCUCCGUAAUGCUAUCCAGGCGUUUGGGAACGGCACGGAUGUCGGGGUGUGGCAGUCGAUCUCCCCCGUGCAGACCACGACCUCCACCACCACCCCCUACCAACGCACCCGCCAGCGCAACCCCAACACCAUCGACAACAGCAUCAACUCAGACCCCGGCAUCUACCACUUCUGUGGAAACCUGCAGGCGCAGAAACUGAAGUCCAACUCGAGUGUUGACGGAGACCUCUGUGUGGACCCGCAGGUCCACGGUCCGAGCACGUCCAACGCCAUCCCCAGGAACUCGGCCUCGCCCCGGCGGCCCGCGGGCCUGGCCUCGCUGCUGCCCCCUCUGGUCUGGCUCUGGUACUGCAGGUUGACCGCGCUCUCCUCCUCAGGCUACUUGUAGCCUCGCUGCUUCACGGCAACAAACUACUACGGACUGACAAAAACCCAUUUGUAUAAAAGAAAAGCAAAAUACAAACUUAUAUCCUUUCUUUUGAGUAACCCCUGGUGUGCUUAGAUCUUCCCUGUAUCUCUUUUGCUUUUGAUUCCUACUUGGGUUGUUUAGGUUUUUUCAAUUUUUUGGAAAGUUUGUUGGGUUUUUUUUUGUCUGUUUGUUUUAAAAUUGCAGCUUUGUGCUAAAAUGGUGACCUAUAAUACAUGUUGGCUCAGUUUUGACUCCGUGUUCACGUCGGGUUCCAUGAAACAAAGAUGUUGAAGCUGCUCCAUACGCUGCUCACAAGGGCAGAUAUGAAGACGGGAACUUUGAAGACUCCAUUCCACCAACCCACAGCUGGUGUCACUCGGCACGCGAUGUAAAUUUGCAUCCAUUUUCAGGGUUGUCCUAUCAGUUUUCACCCGUGUCUGUUUGUGUGUUGAGGCUAUUGGUGGGAUCUUUCGCUUAAAAGUCACGGCCAGUUCAGUGACGGCUACAUAUGACAUACUUGGGCAGCCUUUAGAUGUUAUUCAGUCUCUUCUGUGAUUUGUGUACGUUUUGAUUAUGAUGUAAUCUGGUAUUUUACAUUUUUAUGAGCUGAAUGAAAGGUCCUCAUGCACGUCAGCCGGCAAACAAACCAACUUUUUCCACCAGGAUGAACACGUAAACCAUAAGGAGAUGGAACAUACGUGCCCAGACAGUCUGUUACUGGACUGUGUAGCUUAUACUGAACUCACGUCGCCACUGGCAAAAAGCACACAUGGCAAAGUCCCACAAACACUUAAAUGCACAUUUUCACACACUCAGACAAAAAGACACACAGAUAUACAGACACACACGGCACCAGGCUUUCUGCUCCCCGUCUUUGCAUCUUGUUUUAGCGAACGGGGUGAUCACGGGACGCCGCGCUGCUCUGGACGGCUGAAUCCACUUCACUCCCACUGGAAAACUGUCCAAAGCCACGACUCUUUACUGAAGGUGACAGAGAAGCUGCUGAAUGAUAAUCUUCUGUUUAGAUUUGAUGUAUCUCGCUGCACUGAGCCGACAAAAACAAGAGCUGAUCAAUUAUACUCGUAGAUUGUGUCCGACUGCUCACGCGUUCAUGGCUCCGGGAGAAAGUCAUAACUUUUAAUUGACCAUUUGCUAAACUCUACUGGCCAUUGUCACAGUAGCAAAGCUUAUAGAGACUUUCUACAAAAAUAGGCUUCUUAAUUUUGUCUGGUGAUGGUCAUUUUGUCUGCUAAAAAAGCAGCUGAUAAGAAAGGAGGGGCCCUGAAAAAGGGCUUUUGGACCCCACAGAGAAAGUUUCCAGUUCCAGCUCUGCAUCACACUGCAAACUGUAACCGUGGUGCGAGUCCUAUGCCUCAAUCAUUAUAUUAUUUAUACAUGAACUUGUUUUCCAUCAUAUCCUUGGGCUUUCGUUGUCGGUGGUUCUGGAGAAUUAAAACCCCCUCCGUUAAUUACAGGACAUUUGUCAGUGGAAAUUCUCAUUUUAUUUUAGAAUUCUCUAAAUUAUUUUUAAAAAUGACCAUACUUUUAGAAGGAAACUUUGAUGGGUCAUUUUAUUCUCCAUACAUAAUAUAUGAAGUGUGAGAAAAAUUACACGGAGAACAGGAAAGUGCUGCUAGAAAAUGGGCUUUGUGAAAGGAGAUUUAAACAACUCAAAAUAAAGUUUGUUGUAAUGUGGGCUAGUUUUUUUCCCCUAUUAAGUCGAAACAGACAGGUGGAAUGACUUUGAAGAUGAGUUUAAAAUGUGUUUUUUACCAAAAAACACAAUGGCAGGAAAUCUGACCACAAAAAAAACACAAAAUAAUUAAGCAUAAUAUUAGGAAAUCAGGAAAGAAUAAAGGAGGAACUUCAAAAUCAUCUAGACCUCUAUGUCUAAGACGUGCUUGUAGUCCAAAUGAAUGCUUUUUGUUUUCCGGAAGCACAUAUAAGGUGAAACGUUAGGGACCGAGCAUAGAGCCAUGUGGAACACCAUGACAAACCCUUAGCUCUGCUGCCUUUAAGAAAUGGCAUUUUAUGAAUAGUUAUAAAGAUCUGGAUGACUCCAGAGCUUGACAAUCCUGUUCCAAUGUCUAAACCUUGACUAAACGGUUGCUAAUUGUGCUAUUUGGAGUUUAGCAAAUGAUCAAUACCCCCUUUGAAAUCAUGUGACUCAUGGAACUGCAUGUGUGCUCUCAACGCUUGAAGGAAAACAGUAAAAAAAAUAAAUGAAUAAAUAAAAUAAGGUGAAAUCAUCACAAUCAUUCUGCUUCUAGAGGUCAAAGAGCAUCUGUUUUCACCUGCUUUUCAGCUGGACUCAUGGCUUCUGAUCCCCCCCUUCAGAUAAACUGAGCUGUUUUGGCAGGUUUGGCUUGUGAUGAUGAUGUUUACAUCAUGUCACCGUGGCAUGGUCAGUUUAUCACGUCAGCCGUUCCCACUCUGAUACCGGAGCGUUAAGGACUCCCCGCUUCGGUUUAUGUAGCUUUUCAAAACACAUUUAAUGUACAGCAGAACUUAAAUGUUAUUUACUGAGCAUAAACAUGUUGUAUGCACUGUAUGUACUUGGCUGAAACUAAGUUGGACAAAUAAAUGUCUGAUGAUAUUGUAUUUCAGAGCAUUGUGAGCUAUUUUGACCUUCAGAUACAGCAUAGUUGAAUAAGCCAGAAUAUUUUUUUUAAUAUAACAACUUAAAUGUAUAUUUCUCCCAGUAUGUACAUGAUCACGAAAUGUUAUUGCAUCUGAGAGAAUAUCAGUUUAAAUCUCCUAAUGUAGUUAAGAGCAUUUUCUUUUGUACCAUAGCCCUAUUUUAACAUUGGUGUUGAUUUUUUUUCUCUUUUUUUGGUUAAUAUUUACUUAUUUUUGUAUGUUUUCCUCAUUUAUUUUUGUUUUGAUUAUUUGAAUGAAUCGAAACCUGCCAUUAUGUUUUAUUUUUUACAACUGCUUGGUGCACUUAUUGUCAUUAUUUUAGUUCCACUGCUAAAAUAAUCGUGAUGACAUCAACUAGAAGUUGAGCAAGACUCUUAGCAUGGUGUUACUUAAGGGAAUAUUUCAAUAUUUACAGGCAAAAAUAUUCUAUACCAUGCCUUUUGAAGGCUUUUUUAUGGCGUAUUUGACCAGAGUUUGAUAAGUGGGGAAACCCCCACCAAGUGAAUGUUUGCCGUUUAGAGGAAAAGUUGAAUAGUUUGAGUAAAAUUGCUUCAGAGGAUUGAUGCAUCUGUUGAUUUUUUAUAAAUCUGAGAGCUGUGACUUUACAGACUCUGGAAUCAGAGUUAAAUUUCAGAAAAGGUUUGUCAGAGCUCAAAAAGGCCUUGAGGUUGGGGUCACAUAUACCAUAUGUAGGGAUCACACUUUUGGAACUGAAAUAAAGUCUUCAUGUUUGCCUUCCAUCGCGAUCCCAUCUGCUGAUUUAAAAUUGACCAAACAUGACUUUUUUUUGUGUCUGUUUUUAUUUUUUGGGAGGUACAGACUCCUCAAGGCAUCAUACCUUCCUAGCUUGUGAAAAUGUAAAAUCUAUUGUACAAAAGUUCUAAUUAAAAACUGUUACUUCACUCA